AUGUCAGCAAGCGCACAGAUGUUGUAUGACGGUUAUGAAAACACCAUGGGUAUGAUUGAGGAACUGGAGAAACACGAAGGGCACAAUAUGUCUGCUGGUUAUUCGGGAUUAUUGAGUUACAUUAUUCCGAAGGGAGUAAAGAAACCCAUAGAAGAUGUCACGGCCAUAAUAGAGGCCCAGCUUACUUGCCUUGAUGGUCAAAUGACUUUUGCUCCACCUGAGGUAACAAGGGCAGCCAGAAUGAAGUUGUUGGAGAAAACACUGAAAUGGGUGGCAGCCAGAGAAGAAGCGAUAAUUCAACCAGGUUUCGCCGAUUGCUACGCAAAGAACGUAGUACAAGUCCUGAUAAAACCAGACUCGUUGAAGUUUCCAGAGAGGGAACGAGAUCCAAGAGCUGCUAGUUUAGACGAACGUACAGUAAACGAACUCAUGUUCGCCUUUGCCCAAGCCCAACACAAAGGAGAUCUACAAGAUAAAGAGUUUGAAGCCAACCCUGAUAAGAAAGCCUCCUUGCGCAAAAUGAGAGAGGGAGAGGACCUCCACAGUGGAGCAACACGCUUGGUGAAGUUAGAUCCCAAAGAUGGAGAAUUCUACCAAGUUCUUGCUGCAUCUCUCCAGCAUCUUGAUGCGUAUGCCAAGGGUGAUUUACGCUAAACACUUUUUUUGCGUUUGUCUUUAAAGCGUAACAGGAGCUCCUCGGGAACUGGAGAUUACAGAAAUUUAUUUUCUUUCACAUUAAUUUUUGAGACAAGAUUUCCGUAUUAGAUUUUGAAUAAUGGAUAUGGGACUGUUCAUUUUUUCCCCUCAAUUUGUAGCGUAUUUAGUUUUCUGUUUUUAGCUCCUUGCGCUGUUCCACGGGUAACCGGUAGACUUGUUUAUGAUUUCAGCCGGCGAUGUAUGCUUCUUUUCUUUUUUCUCCUUUUGAGGAUGCUGAAUAAAACUGAUAACCUAGAAUUG